GGUCUUGUAUGUCUUCCAUUUUCUAAUAAUUACUCCCACAGUUGAUUUCUUCACACCAAGAUGCUUACCUAUUGCAGAUUCAGUCUUCCCAGCCUGGUGCAGGUCUACAAUUUUGUUUCUGGUGUCCUUUGAUAGCUCUUUGGUUUUGGCCAUAGCAGAGUUUUGAGUGUGACUGUUUGAGGUUGUGGACAGGUGUCUUUUAUACCGAUAACGAGUUCAAACAAGUGCCAUUAAUACAGGUAACGAGUGGAGGACAGAGGAACCUCUUGAAGAAGAAAUUACAGGUCUGUGAGAGCCAGUAAUCUUGCUUGUUUGUAGCUGACCAAAUACUUAUUUUACCGAGGAAUUUACCAAUUAAUUCAUUAAAAAUCGUACAAUGUGAUUUCCUGGAUUCUUUCCGCCCAUUCUGUCUCUCAUAGUUGAAGUGUACCUAGGAUGAAAAUUACAGGCCUCUCUCAUCUUUUUAAGUGGGAGAACUUGCACAAUUGGUGGCUGACUAAAUACUUUUUUGCCCCACUGUAAUUAUAAAAGAAUGUAUCAAAAGUGUGCAAAAUAGAUCAUUGGCUUUUUGCGAUGAGGGCACAUAAGCAGCCUGUUUUUGAAACGCGUCCUUUUAUGUCUGCGUUUCAGAGGUAGAAUGAGAUGUAGUGGCAGCAGCACUCAAGUGGCCAGCAGACCCUCUCUGUGAAAAAAAUGAAUAGAAAAUGUCAUUAUGAAUCAUUACUGUCAUUGCUACUUAAUACUAAGGGUUCAAGCGAGAGAUCACAAAACUUACAAUUUAGAUCACAUUUUUUUUUUAGAUCAAAACAAACAGUUUGUAUUCACUAACUCAGUCCACCCAGUACGUGUUUGUUUCAAAUCCUCCUCACUGCAGCUCUGCAUCAAUGUUUGGGGAAUUAUUUGGUCGACUUUAAAAAGUGAAAUCUACAAUUAAUAAGUGGUUCAGAUAACUUGCCAUAUCACGGACCAACUUUGUUCAGUUAUACCACUACCUGAUCAAUUUACAUUAGUGACAACAGCAAAUUAGACAGAGAAAACUCGACAUACAUCAUGCACACAAGCUUGAGGUUAAUUUACCUUGCAUUUGCUGAACAGUUGAUGGUGAUGGUCGUAAAGUGAACGUAAGUAAAUUGGAUGUGUUGCCGCCCCUCGCACCAACUUUCUUCUCGCAGCUCCUGCAGAUAGGGCUGCCAUCCUCGAACAGCUGUCCCUGAAUAUUCUUAUAACAACCACAAUACGCCCAGACUUCAGAUUUGGUUGGCAGAAAAAUGCAGUUGUGUCACAUAAAUAUGUUGAAACCAUACCUGGGCAGCAAAUCUGUCCCUGUCAGUACAGAGGGUGGAUACAGAUACAAUACAAUACUGUCAAUACAGAGAGGGUGGUUGUGUCACUGUCCAGUGCUGAAGUGAUUGAGGCCCAGGAAACUGGGGCGCUGUCUGGUGCUGAUUCCCCAGAGGCCCCGGUGGCCCCAGCUGUGUCCGACAAUGAGGAUAUCACCGGACCAUCCGCUGUUGUGGUCAAGGGAUGAUUGAAAAACUUUGAAAUGCUGUCCAAACUUGAUGAGUGUCUCCCGCAUUUAACUCAGGCUCAGCAUGAAGAUGUGGUCAGUCUGAUAAAAUCUCACCUCUCUGUUUUCAGAUGUGCCGACUAGGACGAAUAUGCUGCAGCAUGACAUUGAUGUUGGCGAUUUGCCACCAAUCAAGCAGCAUCCAUACCGGGUCAAGCCCAAUAAGCAUCUCCAUUUACAACAACAAGUCACCUAUAUGCUGGAGAAUGGCAUUGCAGAGCCCAGCUCCAGUCCAUGGAGCUCACUGUGUCUCUUAGCUGACAAGUCUGACGGCUCGGAUUGGUUCUGCACAGACCUCCGUAACGGGACUGAAUGGCGAAGAAAAGAUCUCUGUCAGGGCUUACAUGUGAGGAAGAGGAGGAGUACAAUGGAAUAAGCCCAAACAAAAAGAGAAGUGUCCAGUAUAAUGCGGAUGAGGACAAGGAAGUUAACAAUGACAAGGGAGACACUGAGCAGCCGGGCCCAUCCACCCAGGAUGCCCACACCCAGACUACACCAGAAAUCAUCCAUGCAGGUGCACAAUCUGUAGGAUUCUUGGAUGUAACCUGUGGAAACAAAAUAGGUGUCCUGGAUAAAGAAAAGCUGGAAAGAGGUGAGAAGUGUAUUAAAUGCGAUGGCAGCCGGUAUACUCCCCCUGAGUUCGAGGUCUUGGGAGGGAAACGUUCUUCUAGGAAAUGGAAACAAAGUAUUUUGCAUAAAAAUGAGCCUCUGCAGUGUUUGUUUGAUAGAGGCGUCUUAACCACCAAGGGAUAUAAAAGCAGACAAUCUACACCCAAAAAGCAAAAGAAAAAACAAUCAUCACAUAAAAUCAUCUCUUUGGACAGCUCCUCUGAAGACUCAGAGAUACAGACUGCAGAAGAAUCUGAUGAAGAGGCUGUUAAAGAUGAAGACUGGCUACCAAGCAGUGGAGACUUGGUGCUGGAGGCAGAAGAAGAAAGGUUUGAGGCUGAAAAUGGCGGGGAGGUUUUGGACUCAAAUGUUGACGUGAGUAAAGAGGAGGAUGAAAUGGAAGAGGGAGCAGUGGAAGACGACGAUGUGCCUUCUGGUGAUGCAGAUGACAGCAGUGUUUCUGAGGAAAGGGAGCCAAAAGGUAUCGUUUCAACACCUGAGAAGAGAGCAUUGCAGACAGAUGUAAAAGUUGUCAUCAAAAAGCUUACAGAGACAACGACUGAUUGUCAGUCCAACCACAUGGAGCCUCCGCUGGAAGGUUUGUUAAUUGAUGACAGGUGGCGUCAGUCACUGGAUGAGGAUAUACAAAAUGAAGAGGACCAGCAGUAUAAAGUUUCAGGGAUAGAUGAAACAGCAGCCACGGAUACUGGCCCUUCUAAGAUGUCAGAUCCACCCAACACUGAAGGUGUUUUGGAAGAAAAUGGAGAGGAGUUCACACAAAAUGUCGGCCACGUCACCAAAUCCCAGAGAGUGCUGGGUGAGUGUAAAUAUCAGAACAGAGAUGCCACCACCUCUUGCCAACAAGCAGCAGAAGUGAUUCAGCUCAACACAAGGAUUCCCCAAACAACCCAAGCCUCACACAACACUCAGUCCUUCAACAUGGUGGACGCUCCAUCCUAUCGGCCCUCCACCAGCUGUGAUCUGGACACAAUGGACCUCGAUCAGCUGAGGAGGGAGAAAAUAAAGAUCCAGAUAAAAGUGUUGAUGUUACAAGAAGAAUACUACAGAUCCCUCUGCGGAUCCCUUGUUCCCUCUUUAAACAAACAGAUAUAUAGAUAAUAUAUAUAUGAAUACUGAUACUAUUGAUAAUAAGGAUUAAGUACAACUAUUUUUAAUUUAAAAAAAAAGUUUUACUUCUUUUGAACAUCAUGGUUUUAUGGUACACUCUGAAGUUCCAGUAACAAUUUUAGUAAUCUACAGACCAGCCAAACCAAACUUUUAUCGAAGAGUUUGCAGAGCUUUUAUCUUUUUUAUGUCAAAAUAAGACAAAUGGUUUUGUUUAGUGGCCUAAGCCCAGAUAACUUCACUACUAAGCAUAUUUGUGUGUCAAAUCAUAAAGCUGUUUUAUUCAAUAUGAUUUCAUCCCAAACACCUUUUAAUCACAGUGUACCAGUCUGUUUUCUGUGCUUUUUACUGCUUCUUUAACUGCUUUUACUUCUGAUUUUAACACAGAGGAGCUGGUCUCCCUUUUUAACCACACUUGUCUUGGACUCCAUUGCCCCCUACAAAGACAAAAGUCUAAAUAGAGCAGUGCAGCCCUGGCUGUAUAACUGCACCCAAUCACUGAAAAAAGAGUGCAGAUGAAAUGAAAGGAAAUGAAAAAAGACAGGCUUACACAUGUUUUAUGAGACCUGGAAUGAUACCAUGCAAAAUUACCAAAAAGCACUUAAAUAAGCAAGAACAUUCAUCUUCUCCAAUUUACUUUUAGCAAAUCACUCCAAUUGGAGUGUCAAGUCAUGGAAUCAGUAACCACCCCCGCCCUCCUCCUUUUAUUGAGGCCUCUUAAGAAAGGUAUGAGGACUUUUCAAACUAUUUUAGAAAUAGAGUCAAAAUUGUUAGGAAUAAAGUUACCCUCCUGGACCAAAUUUUACACAUCAGUAGGGACAUCCAUAGUUAUUUUAGCUGCUUUGAACUAGUUUCACUGCUCUUUAACUCACACCACACAUGAAACCAACAACUUGCAGCCUUGAUUUUAUCCCUAGAGGUUAGAGGUUAUUUGACACUGUUGGACCCAGUAUUUUAUUGAUUAUGAACAGCUCCCUAAAAAGUGGCAUUUUCCCACACUCUUUUAAACAUGCUGUUCUCCUACCCAUUUUUAAGAAACCAAACCUUGACCCUUCAGUUCUUAACAAUUUUAUGCAUUAUGCAUUCAUUCAGAAAUGCAUUCCAACUGGUUUUAACAGACAACAUCACAUUAUACCAGUCCUAGUUUCCCGUCAUUGGAUCCCUGUCCGUUUUAGAAUUGAUUUUAAGAUUGUACUGAUCACUUUUAAAGUACUUAUGUCUGGCUCCAACCUAUAUAACAGACAUUUUAAGUCCUUACAAGCCAGCCUGUAGCUUGUAGAAAAGCUAAAGGUGAUCGUGCCUUCACUAUCAGGGCCCCCUUGGCUUUGGAAUGCCCUGUCUGAGGAGAUACAAAGUUUUGCAGGAUUAUUAACUUCUUCUAAUUUACACUGGUGCCAUGUUGGGCAACUUAUAAAAGUUUUUUUUUGUAUGGAAAAGUAACAUAUUUAUAAUAAAAUGUAUACAUUCAUACAUAUACAUUUAUUUACUAUUUUUUAAUUUAUUUUAAAUUAUGUCAAUGUGUUUUUGAUUUCAGGACUGUGUUGUUUAGUCUUUAUAUUGAAUGUCUUGUGCUUCUCAGUCUUUGCAUUGUCUUUUAAGACCUUGGGACCAUGUUGGAUCGUAAUGUUUCCCUUGUACAUGUUUUCCUUGGGAUUUUCUGUUUUUCCCAUGUCUUACAAUUCUGGCAAA